AUGAUAUCUGGGCCAGGAAGCAGCCACUCUGGUCUAGGAAGCAGUCAAGAUGUCCAGAGAAGGACAUGGAACCCCAGGAAUUACUCAGCAAGACUCACGGAAAACAUCGGACUCCCUCUGACACUGCUUGAAAAACACAGCCCCUGGCCAGCCUAUGUCACCUACGUCUCCCCUGCAGUAGCCCGACUCACUGAGAGAAGCUGGGCCCGGGAUCUGGAGUGCAUUUAUGCUGCUGAGAAGAACCGCAAACCAAUAAGACCUAGCAAACCCAGUACUGUGCAACUGAAGAGGAGGAAGUCAUCCAAGCCCUCAGAACUCAUGCUGAAAGAUGCCCUGUCAGAGACCAUGUGGGAAGGCUCCACCAUAAACAUCAGCCCCAUAUUUGUCCCAGAACCUUCACAACUCCAAAUGGAAGCCAGAGAGGGGCCCACAUCAAACUACAACAAGAUCAUUUUCUCCAGGAGGCCUGCAAUGAAGAAACUCCCAUUUGGCGUACUACAGGCCAACAAGGAGACACAUACCAGCGUUUAG